AUGGACACAGCGGACCCAGCCCGCGUAGCGAUCAGUAAGCAGGGGGCUAUUAUCGGUAGCCACGAACAGACGCUGCAGUACCUACUGGCUCAAGUGCACACACUCACAGACGAGCAGGCUAAAAUGCAAUCCGACAUUCAGUCCCUUCAACCCUCGGCGGAGUCGGAACCCGCUGCCGGUAGCUCAGCACUGCCCGCCCCGACCGCGCCGUUGCCUCAGCCCGCGGCGGAUCCCGAGCCCCAGCGGGGUCACCUGUUUCGCGACGCGGCCUCCCCGGAGCCGGAGCCGUAUGCGGGUGACCCAGGGGCCUGUAGCGGUUUUCUGUUACAGUGCGAGCUGGCGUUCGGACGUUCGCCCCGCUCUUUCGUUUCGGACACGGUUCGAGUUUCUUAUAUAAUCGGGAAACUGCGCGACCGAGCCCUGAAUUGGGCCGAGGCUUACCUGAGCACACACCCGUUGCCGUCCUGUAGCUACGAUGCUUUUCUCGGCGAAUUCAAAAGGACUUUUGCCCACCCCGUCUCGGUGGGCAGUGCGGUUCGCCGGCUGUUAAAUCUCCGCCAGGGCCGCCGUAGCAUCGCGGACUACUUGAUCGACUUCCGCACCGCCGCAGCGGCAGUCGGCUGGCCCGAUAAAGCCCUUCAGGGAGUCUACUCGCAGUCGCUUAACGAGGACAUGAAGGAUCAGCUAGCGUCCCGUGACGAACCGGUUACCUUCGAGGAGUUAGCCACGCUCUCGCUUCGCAUUGACAACAGACUGCGGGAGCGAGAGCGGGAGAGGAACUCCAGCACCCGUCGGCCAGUGCGGCGUGCGUCACCUGUUUACAUUCCCCCGUCGCCACUUCCUGUUCAGCCAUCAGCCCCAGUCGCUGGGGAGAGGGCUGACCCGGAACCGGAACCCAUGCAGCUCGGGCGAUCCCGGUUGUCUCCGCAAGAGAGAGAGAGACGUCGCCGCGCUCGUUCGUGUUUUUACUGCGGUUCCGCGGAGCAUUUCAUUGCCGCCUGUCCGGAGAAGGGAAAAGGGGACGCCCGCCGCAUCCCCAUCGUCCUUGGUUUCACCUGGCUAAAGCUACAUAACCCACAUCUGGAUUGGGCUGGGCAAAAUGUAAUAAGUUGGAGCCCGUUUUGCCAUGCCAAUUGUCUCGUCUCAGCCCCGCCGUCAGCCGUUGCCGAGCCCACACGUGACGCGAGUGCUGCCGUGGACCUUUCUGUCGUACCGUCAGUGUACCACGAUUUGAGGGAGGUGUGUAACAAGGACAAAGCCCAAGCACUGCCCCCGCACAGGCCAUAUGACUGUUCCAUUACGUUGUUACCGGGCUCCCCCCUACCCACGAGCCGCCUUUACAAUCUGUCUCAUCCUGAGAAGGCAGCCAUGGAAAAGUACAUAAAGGACUCCCUGGCGGCCGGCAUCAUCAGACCCUCCUCUUCGCCUGUCGGGGCCAGAUUCUUCUUUGUCGGUAAGAAGGACGGCUCGCUCCGUCCCUGUAUUGAUUACAGGAGGCUUAAUGACAUAACAGUAAAAAACAAAUACCCAUUGCCGCUGAUCAGUUCCGCCUUUGAGCCGCUUCACGGUGCCACCAUUUUUACCAAGUUAGACCUCAGGAAUGCAUAUCACCUCGUCAGAAUCAGGGAGGGCGACGAGUGGAAAACCGCUUUUAACACUCACUUGGGGCACUUCGAAUAUUUAGUGAUGCCCUUCGGUCUCACAAACGCCCCGGCAGUCUUUCAAAACCUGGUGAACGACGUCCUGCAAGAUUUCCUGGACCGCUUCGUCUUCGUUUAUCUCGACGAUAUUCUGAUUUUUUCCAAAGAUGUGGUGGAACAUCGGGCGCACGUCAGAGCCGUGCUGCAGCGGUUGCUGGAAAACAAAUUAUACGUAAAGGCGGAGAAGUGCGUGUUCCACUCACCUUCCGUCUCCUUCCUGGGCUACGUCCUCGCGGGGGGGCAGGUGAAGACUGACCCGGCUAAGAUCACGGCAGUCGUGCAGUGGCCCGUACCUGCGUCCCGGCGGCAUCUGCAGCGCUUCUUGGGCUUUGCAAACUUCUACCGGCGCUUCGUCAGGAACUACAGCCAGGUAGCAGCGCCGCUGACCCAGCUGACGUCACCGAAGCUCCCUUUUAUUUGGAGCCAGGAGGCCGGAGCAGCGUUUACCAAGUUAAAGGCACUGUUUACCUCGGCGCCGGUUUUGGUUCACCCCGACCCCGGGAGACAGUUUAUUCUCGAGGUGGAUGCAUCUGACAUCGGGGUGGGGGCGGUGUUAUCCCAGCGCUCCGGCACGGCGUCCAAGCUCCAUCCGUGCGCCUUUUUCUCCCGUCGUUUAUCACCUGCUGAGCGGAAUUACGACGUGGGGGAUAGGGAACUGUUGGCUGUGAAGCUGGCCUUGGAGGAGUGGCGGCACUAUCUCGAGGGGGCGGAGCACCCAUUCAUAGUGUGGACAGAUCACAAGAACUUGACGUACAUUCGUGCAGCCAAGAGACUGAACUCACGUCAGGCACGCUGGUCCAUGUUUUUCAGUCGCUUUAACUUUUCAAUCUCUUACCGCCCAGGGUCCCGCAACGUGAAACCGGAUGCCCUUUCCCGGCAGUUUGACGCCACGGGGGAGUCGCCCGCCGUGCCCACCAUCCUCCCUGCGAGCGUCAAGGUUGGUUCCCUCACGUGGGAGGUGGAGGAGGACAUCCGUCGGGCACUGGAGACCGAGCCGGACCCCGGCACAGGGCCCCCUGACCGCCGCUUUGUCCCUAAGGCGGCCCGCUCCAAAGUGAUUGACUGGGUCCACAAGGGGAGAUUCUCCUGCCAUCCAGGAGGCGCGCGGACGAGUGCCCUUAUUAAAAGGUAUUUCUGGUGGGGGUCUAUUGAUAAAGAUGUCAAGGAGUAUGUGGCCGCCUGCUGUGUUUGUGCUAGGGGCAAAUCUAACACGCAACGCCCGGCUGGGUUGCUGCAGCCUCUCUCUAUUCCACGGCGCCCCUGGUCGCAUAUUUCUUUGGAUUUCGUUACUGGUCUACCUGUUUCUUCUGGCAAGACCGCGAUCCUCACUGUGGUCGACAGGUUUUCCAAAGCAGCUCACUUUGUCGCCCUCGAGAGACUCCCCACAUCCACUGAAACCGCUAAUCUGCUAGUCGACCAUGUGUUUAGGCUGCACGGGAUACCCUCGGAGGUCGUCUCAGACAGGGGACCGCAAUUUACAUCGCAGGUCUGGAGGGCGUUCUGUACAUCCCUGGGAGCGAAGCCAUGUUUGAGCUCUGGACACCACCCUCAGACUAAUGGUCAGACUGAACGCCUCAACCAGGAAUUGGAGGCCACUCUCCGCUGCGUCGCUGCCUCCAACCCGGCUUCCUGGUCAUCGUUAUUGCCGUGGGCGGAGUACGCACACAACUCCCUCACCUCGUCAGCGACGGGUCUCUCGCCUUUUGAGGCCUCUCUCGGCUACCAGCCACCCCUUUUUCCGGAGCGCGAGACCGACCUUGAGGUCCCCUCCGUCCAGCACCAUCUGCAACGCUGCCGACGGGUGUGGUCGCGCACCCGCCGGGCCUUGGGCCUGUCCGUCGCCCGCCAGCGCCGCUACGCGGAUCGCCGCCGCAAGGCGGCACCUGCCUACGCCCGGGGACAGAAGGUGUGGCUAUCCGCCAGAGACAUUCCCCUCAGGACGGACUCCCGCAAGUUGGCCCCACGCUUCAUCGGUCCUUUUGAGGUGGAGCGGGUGGUUGGCCGCUCCGCGGUCAGGCUAAAGUUGCCCUCCUCGUUACGGGUCCACCCGACCUUCCACGUCUCCCAAGUCAAGCCGGUUGUUGUGAGUCCGUUGUGCCCGCCUCCUGCUGCCCCGCCGCCCGCCCGGCUCAUCGGUGAGCAUCCUGCCUUCACGGUCCGCCGCAUCCUGGAUGUACGCCGCCGGGGAAGGGGCAGGCAGUUCCUGGUCGACUGGGAGGGGUACGGGCCGGAGGAGAGAUCCUGGGUUCCCCGGUCCCGGAUUCUCGAUCCCGCCUUGCUUUCGGCAUUCUACAGAGGCCGGUCGCCGAGAGGCGACCCUUGA